CAAAGUAUUGAGAUUACCUAUAUAUUAAGAGUAUAGUUUUUUUUUAAUACCCCAUCUUCAAUACCAUUCGCCAUGCGCUUUUUAGGCAUAAAAUAAAAGAUCUAUAAUUUUAAACUCAUAAAAUCACUAAUCUAGACUAAUAUAGAUCAUAAAAGUUAGGUUCAAAUGUAGGGCAUCGCUAAUGGUUACAAUUACCAUAACAUUUAUCAGCACGUGUUUGAUAGGGCGCGGUUCGCCUUGUCUUUUAUUCAUUACAAAGUGAUCUGUGACCUAAACCAGUCUUUCUGGCCAGACUAUUAUCAACCUACGAUUAGACAGGCCGAUGUAAGACAAGCGUACAAUGACGACAGACUGAAAUAAUGUUGCCAAAGAAAAUAAGGUAAGUAGCUAAGUACGUAGGUACCUGACAUGGAAAGGUAAUUCCGCUAUCCAGAUUAUGGGGCAAAUUAGUAAACCAGAACGAUUUCUAGGCAAUAAUUACAUUCGUCACGCUGUCCCCACGGGACAAGCCAAGUGCAUCGUCACACUAACAGCAGUUCAGUAGCGUUAACAUUUUACUCAGCUAACACGAUUGUCUGGUCUGUUAAAUUAUUUCAUAGCGAUGAGUUUUAUUGUUAAAGUAUCUGUAAUUAUCAGUGCUUUAGUAGUUGUCAAUACUGAGCGGUGGUAUUCAGCAACUAUUAUCGAGAAAAGAGAUUUUCACAAUUCCACUGAUUCAAAAUUCAGAACCGACUAUACCCAGAAUAAUGAAAAUGCUAAUCGGUUCAUGCCUCUAAUGUUAAUUGAUCCUAGAAGAAAUGAGUACGAGCGCAGAGAGCGUAUUUCUGCAAACAUUUUCAAUUUUGCAGAGAACAAUAACAGUGAAUCGUCAUUUGAACCAAUAGGCUUGAAAAUGAAUGAUACUUCGAAAAACGAUGUCCAAAAAAGAAGUCGUCCUAAAAGAAAGCAUGUGAUUAAAAAGUGUCCUUCGGCUAGAUCGAGACAGUUGAAGCAGUUUCAUUCCAAACCUAAGACUAAAACACGAUUUCUGGAAGUAUUCCAAGUGGUGGAGUUUGACCAUGUAUCCUGUACGUCGAGUAGUGGUCUGGAAGGGACUUGCCUACCGGAGUACAAGUGCACGGAGUCUGGUGGUUCUACAAUGGGUUCUUGUGCCGAUGGCUAUGGAACCUGUUGUGUUACACUAUUUCUCUGCGAUGAUCAGUCCGCUGCUGAGACGGGUUGGUUCAUCAACCCAGAUUUUCCUUCACCCAGUACUGAAAGACUAUCAUGUGAUUUAACUCUGGACAAAGCAUCUGAUGAUAUAAAGCAGAUACGUUUAGACUUUCGCAAUUUCGAGCUACUGCCUCCAACGGGCGGCACAUGUCAAGAAGACCAAUUUAUUGUUUCGGGGCAAAAUGUUAACAACAUUAUACCGAUCCUUUGCGGCAUUAAUACUGGACAACAUGUGUACAUUGAAGUUGGUGAUGUUGAUGGCCCGAUACAUCUUACGUUCCAAACUGUUGAAGCUGAAAGUAGAUUAUUUUCAAUAAAGGUCACACAGCUGACGGCGUUUGAUGAGCUAGCAGCACCGGGAGGCUGCCUGCAAUAUUUUACUGAAUCUCAAGGUUAUCUAGAAUCUUUUAACUAUAGAGAUAAAUCCGACAUCGUGAUUGCAAGGACACCUUCCUACUUGAACAAUCUGAAUUAUGCAAUGUGCAUAGAGCGUAAGGCCGAAACUUGCACUAUUACUUACACAAACACCGGUUAUAUGCGGAUAGUCAAUUACGACACAGAUGGAUUAUUAAUAAUCCCACCUGGCCAAGCUGGAGUUGAGAUCUUGAAUUGUCCUAGCGACUGGCUCCUUAUUGCAGCAACAAGACUCUGCGGUGACAGGCUAAACGACGGCUCUGUGUUUCAGGACUUUAGUGUUGAUGCUCCUAUUACAGAUAAUGGCGCAGGACCUAUCGUGGUAUGGUUUCGCUCUGAUGAAUCGUAUGUCGGAACUGGUUUCAAAAUGCUAUAUCAACAAAAUUCGUGCACUAAAUAAAUAUUAAACAAAUAUAUUGUUAAAAUAU